AUGCGGCUUAUGCAGUUUCCAGGGCUGUUUCUGUGUUUUGCCACUACUCUGCUCUUCUUUCUCCCCUCCAUUCAAUAUGUGAAUUCGCAAAUACACCCACGAGGUCAAUACCCAUCCUCCUCCUCUAUAUCCUUCCCAACUUCGCCUCCGGAGUCAAGCUUUGAGAACAGUUUUGUCAGUGAGUACAACGUUUAUGAAGCAAGAGAGACACAUCCCGAAGCUCAGGUGACUUCUCCCUUUCCUCUCCAUUCUCCAUCUUUGUUAACACCGUCAAUUCGAAAGAGGAAAAUUCUCUCUCAAAGAGAUGACAUCUUGGAGAAGAUUUUUCUGAACUACAAAACUCAUGAGAGACCCACGGAACAGCUGGAUACUUCGACAAUUGUUCAAGUUAAUAUAAAGAUCCAAUCUAUCUUUUCAAUCGAUGUGCGAACCAUGGAUUAUUAUGUGGAUGCAUUACUUCGACAAGCCUGGAUUGACCCUCGUCUUGCAUGGGAUGAAAUGCCUGAGCACAGAAAUUUUACACAGCCUCUGGUUUCACCCAAAAUGAAGAACCAGCUUUGGCUUCCAGAUCUCUUCUUCCGUAAUGGCAAGGAAGGCUAUCUGCAUAAGAUGACCCUUCCUAAUUACCUUCUUCGUGUCUAUCCCAAUGGGCAAGUUCUGUAUAGUCAAAAGAUUACAAUGAGAUUCGCUUGUCAGAUGGAUUUGCAAACGUUCCCCAUGGAUGUUCAGGAAUGCGAUAUCAACAUGGGCUCUUAUGGGUACACACUAUCAGAGCUGAAGUUUGUGUGGAGUGAGAAGUCUCCUAUCGAAUUGAACAAGGACAUGCAGCUAUCUGAGUUUAACACACCAAAAGCGUUUGCCACCUUCGAUUGCACUUCUCAGGCUUCUACAUCCACCGGCAACUAUAGCUGUCUUUUAGCCAAAUUCUCGAUUGCUCGCCGACUAGGUUCGUAUCUUGUAACCACGUAUAUUCCCAAUGUUCUCAUCAUCAUGGUUUCAUGGUUGAGUUUUUGGGUUUCUGUCGACGCCGCCCCUGCACGUGUUCCACUCGGACUCAUGUCACUCCUCGGUAUCUUGACACAGGCCUCCUCUUUAGGCUCCAAUCUUCCACGCGUCUCCUACAUUAAGGCUAUUGAUCUGUGGUUAAUCUUCUCUAUCAUAUUUGUGAUCAGCGUCCUCGUAGAGUACGCUCUAGCUAUCACAUAUUUACGGAAGACGAGAAGGGGUCAGUGGAAGACGGAUUUACGCGCAAUCGUUCGCGAAGAACUGGCGCGAUGGUGUUCAGCGUGCCAGCAAAAGGAGUUGGAGAGUAUGCGGGCAGCUGGAGCGUCUGUGCCUAAGUAUCAAGCGGACUACUAUACCCAGAUGGAGGCCAUGAUCGCCUUCCGUGGAGUGGUGGAACAGUACCGCAAACGACGCCUCGCUAGCGCUAGAAAAAACGGCGUUAACAUAAAGAUUAAGAUUAUCACCGGGGUCACAGAAUCAGUCAUCGAUGCAUACAGUCGGUUUCUCUUCCCUCUCUGUUACCUUGUCUACAAUGCCUGCUAUUGGCUCUACUACCUCGUCCUUGUCAAGCAAUGA